GACAUCCAUUAUCACAUCCCGUCUUAAACGGAACUCAUCCGGCCAACAUAAGACAACUGCAUCGCUGGACACAUCUAGACUCAUGGCUCUGCCCUCCAGUGACCCUGAUCGACCCGCGUCAAGUUCAGGGGUUCCACUCAUCGAUACCACAGUUAAGCUACAAAGCGUAACCACAAGAUAUGUGCAUUCACCAUUAAUGGACUCGCAAGAAAAUGCAUCAAUAAGGCCAGGGGAAGGAAUACUGGUAUCGCAAGUCACAGGAGCAAUGGAAUCUCUUGAAAUGGACCCUACUUACCAUAAGAAAACCUCACAUGAUCAUAGCGGAGUGAAUCGCAAUACUCUCGAGAAUGCUGGAAACAGAAAAAUCAAUGAUCCGCCGACUGAAUUAGCUAGACACAAGAAGAAGGAUGGUAAGCGCCGCUGGAUAUCUCAACUCAAAAGUUGGGUUACUGUUUCGGAACCGUCGGCUCAGGCUUUGAAACAGUAUAAGAAGGAAACCUACGACAAGGCCCAUCUCUCUCUUGAUGACCCUCAAGCGAGCGCUAAGCUUCACUUACCAAUUGGUACUCUUCCACCGAAUGCGAUUAAACUAGUCGGUUCGGGACCUGAUCCCGAGGAAAUGUUCUUUAAACAGACAGAGCAACGGAAAAGGAUGAGACGUUCGGGUACCGGGUCUUAUGAAACCCACCAAGGCUCGAAAUCAAGCUCUAGACGCUAUUCAGCUUCCAGUAGCAUUGCCUUUGGUGCUGCGAGAGAGGCUCCACAGUGACAACCAACUAAACGAUACACGCAGGUUGAACGGCAUGUUAUAAUUGGUUGAUUGUUGCUAUACUUUACGGCGUCUAAUUCACCGUUUCGUUGUUUUUAUACUCGAACCUACAAGUGCCCAGGUACGGGAUCUUUGCAAGUGAAAUUUCACGUCUAUUCUUUUACAUGGGAGCUAGCUAGAAUCUUGGCG